UUUAAACAUUUAAACAUGUCCAAAAAGAGCGAGUAUCUGCGCGCGCUCGUGACGGAGCGGCUCACUGCGGCUGCGCAGGACAUCUGUGCGCUCCUGGAGAGAACUGUGGAGGAGUAUGAGGAGGAGCUGAGCCGCUCCAAACAGGAGAGCCAGAGGAGCCGGAGGAGCCGGAGGAGCCAGAGGAGCCGGAGCCCCACAGUCCGCAGCGCAGGUGUCCAGACUGAAGCGGUGUAUGAGAGUCCAAAUGAGAACUCAAACUGCUCCUCUUCAUCAGAGGAGGUCCAGGCUGAGGGAGAUGAGGAGGAGGAAGAGGAGGCCCUGGAGGAGGAGCUGGAGGAGGAGCUAGAUGAGGAGCCAGAGGAGGAGGGAGGAGCAGAAGCAGAGGAGACGCAGACAGACCUCCGCUCCGACUCUGACGAACCAAAAGAGCAUUUUGAAGUCUUAGAAGGUCCAUUCAGCUGUUCAGCCCCAGAGACAGAGGCUUGUUUAGAGACUUCCAAACAAACCCAGAUGAACGACGACUCCACGGAGGCCCAGCUCCCCGCCGCUCAGCCCAAAUCAAAGCUGCGCAAACGGAGAGGUCGUACAAAGAGGAGCAGCAUCCCGUUCAACACCUUAAAACGCAAAACCAAACACCAGUGCUCAGUCUGCAACAAGGUCCUCAAAGGCCCUCCGUUUAACCUCCUGCGUCACAUGAUCAUCCACACGGGAGAGAAACCUUUCAGCUGUUCGGUGUGCGGCAAGACGUUUACGCAACAAUAUCUGUUCAAGAGACAUAUGGAAACUCAUCAGGAGGAGGCGGAGCCAAGUCCCACUGAGCAGCAGAAGGAAACGCAGACCGGAGCAGACGAGCAGAGUGCGGAAUGUCGCCAGAUCAAAUCAGAAGACUGUGGCGUAUCUCAGGACUUGGACACUUUCGGGUGUCCAGUUUGCGAGAAGAGGUUCAAGAGGCAAGUUGCGUUUAAGAAACACAUGGAAAGUCACGAAGCCGCAAAAGAGCAGGUGAGGAGACACAGAAGAGACGCACACACGGAGGGAGAACGUGAGCGGGCCGAGGCGAAGGGCGUCACCGAGGAACGAGAGGACAACGCUCCACAGCCGGACUCGGAGAACGGACAGGACUACACCCAGGCCACGCUGAUGAAGAGCAUGCACGCCGCCAGCGCCACUGCCACGGACCACCGCUGCUCCGUGUGUGACCGAGCCUUCACCACCAAAACCCGGCUCAAGAGGCACAUGAUCGUCCACACGGGAGACAAACCUUUCAGCUGUCCCGUUUGCAACAAGUGCUUCUCCCAAAAAUACAACGUGAGGUUACACAUGGCCGUCCACACCGACGAGAAGCCGUUCACGUGCGAGAUCUGCCUGAAGAGUUACCGGCGAAACGAUGAUCUCCGUACACACAUGGCAACGCACACGGGCCAAGUGCUGUUCAGCUGCAUGGUCUGUAACACGGGCUUCAAGCAGAGGAACUGUCUGGUGUCGCACAUGAGACUGCACACGGGGGACAGACCUUACAGGUGUCCAAUGUGCUCCAAGACCUUCAUACAGAAGUCCAACCUGAAUCGGCACGUGCGCUCUCACACGGGGGAGAAGCCGUUCCGCUGUCCCGUUUGUCCUCAACGCUUUGUGCAGAAGAGCGACAUCCGCAAACACAUGUCCAUCCACACUUAGGCCGCUGACCGGUCCAGUCUGUGGUGGAACGGGCACUUUCUACAUUCAUCGUUUUCUUUCAUAUAAUUUGAGGAGACUGUUGUAGCUUUAAGUCGUGUUCUAACGCUGUUCCUUCCUCAAAAACAGACCUGGAGUUGUGUUUUGUUUCAUUCACACACGUUUGAAUCUCACUUUAUUAUAAGUCUGUAACAUCUACACCUUGUGAUGUCAUUCAGUGGUAGUUUUCAAGUUUACCUUUUAGUUCACUACAGAUGGGCAACUCCAGGACUGAAAUGAUCCAGAUGAUUCUAGAAAUGAAGGUGUGUGGAGUUUAAAAACACAGUGGAGCACUUCCUGUAUCACCACAUGAUGACAUCACAAGGUGAAACAGAGUGUUUUCAGUUUGAGAGAAGAACUCAGUCUAAAUGUAAGAAAAUAAGAAUAGUUUAGUUCUUCUGUGUGUUGGGUCGAGCUCAGAGAUAAUGUUGGAGUUAUAUUUCUGGGGGUGAUUUGUCUUGGUACUUUUUCUUUGCACUAAUGUGGAACUUUUUGUGAUUUGAGCUGCAGAGGUUUGAAUAAACGGCGUCUUCCAGACAUAAAAACACUACUCGAGUAUUUGUGCUGAUGGUUUUGUGUUUUAAUCUUAUUGUUCAGUUAAAACACUUUUCUGGGGAUAAUUCUGCUUUAGUUUUUGUGUCAGAGGGAGAUUAUUUCCAGUAUCAUUGUUUAUCGUCUGUUCUUCAAUAUGUUGCACUUGAAAAUGUGUUCGACGUCAUGUCUGUGCUGAGGCUCUCACUGCAGCUCAGUCCUGUUACCACAGGUAUAAUACUCCCUACAAUGGAAGCAGAGCAGGACCAGACUGGACUGGACCAGACUCUUGUGCCUCUUCAUCUCUACAUCAAACCUGUUUAAGAUAUUGUUUUGUCAUUGUCAUUUAAACUUUGUCAUUUAAACUUUGUCAUUUAAACUUUGUCAUUUAAACUUUGUCAUUUAAACUUUGUCAUUUAAACCACUGCUCUCCACUCCACAAACCUUCUGCCACCAUCAAAGUUUAGAUUAAGAUUCAAAAUAUAAAAGGCCCUGAUGUAAAGUAGAACUGUCAAAAGAAUCAGUUAAAACUAAAACUCAUUUAAAACAGCGGGUUAAGAUUCACCUGAGAUUCUAGGCCAAUGUCCAGAAAAGUUCCACAGUGCAUCUUUAACCUGUAGGUUUUUAUUUCACAAAGACGUUUAACCUUUGAGAUGAAACCG